AUGCCUUCGAAGGCCAAACCCUCUGAAAAGAGUGACGACGAAAAACUUCUCGUUGCCGUUGUCAGUCUUUGGGAUUCUCUUCCACCUGUCGACAACCAUAAACUAGGCGCACUUCUGGGAAUCAAGCCCGGAACUGCUGCCGUGCGCUGGCAUCGACUCAAAGCAAAACUAUUUAAGGACAGCGAGAACAAUAAAGCCGGGGAUGAUGUGGAAGUUGAACAUGAAACGGUGGCACUUGGUAAUCCAACUGGAGAGAAAAGAUCUGCUGAGAAUGCGGACAUUGAACAGGCAGUCGCGGUAUUCGAUAACAGAAAGAGGGGCAAAACCGGAGGGCGGAAGCGUGCAGCCGCGACGAAGGGACCCAAUGAGCCACCUGCCCAGCGCAAGAAAUUUGAUAAGUCGAUCGGCAUCUCUUUGAAUGCGUCUACUUCGAAACUGGGACCUGGCAAAGGCAGGAAGACAAACGAAGACAAGGAACCAUUGGAAGGGUUAUGUGUAUUUAAGCAGGAAAAUUUCCUGUGUCCAAACAAGAAUCCAAGACCCGUCACAAUGUCCACCGAAUCUGCCGAAGACCAGAGACUUAUCGCAGCCGUAUUCAAACAAAUCAAGUUUGCCGAGAUAAUUUUAGAUUACGAGCAACUAGCAAAGGACCUUAAAAUCAAAGCUAUGCAUCCAGGAAAAGCUGCAGGCAAGCGUUGGAUACGAUACAAGCAGAGACAUGGCCUUGUUGCGGAAAGAUCGGCCAAGAACGAGGUCAUUGAUGAAAUGGAGAACUGCAUGAAUGUUACACCAAAGGCGGGAAACGGCAAAAAGACAGGGAAGGCGGCAAAAGGUACAAACGAAGGGAAGAAGGCUGCAUCAAAGAAAAGAAAGAUCGUCAAGGAUGAGGAUGAUAAUGAGGAGGAGGAUGAUGACUUCGAUUAG